CGUGUCGUGGAGUGAGAAACUUCUCUUCCUCCUUCUUGCUGCCUCUCUUUCCUCCCAGUUUUCCUCGAACACCUUUUCAUCUAACUUUUCAGAGACGCUGCCGCAGUCACCGGCGCCUCCGUCAACAGGCUGGUACGGGCUGGGGUUUGUUUUUAUUUAUUUAUUUUAAUUUCUGACCUAUCUGGACGCUCUUCGGAGGAUUUCCUUUCCAGUUCGUUCAAGCAACUGGAGUGACUCGACCAAGCCCCCCCUCCUCCUCCUCCUCUCCCGAGUCUGCCUGAGGAAUGAGAGGACUGCUGGAGAGGAAGAGCCGAAACUCGCAUGUUUGAAUGAACAAAAGAACAGAAAGCGAGGCGAUCGCCGCCGGAAUGGAGGGAAAUACUUUGCCAAGAGCAACAUCUCCCUGCUCACUUCUAAACACAAACCCUAUGAGACCUGACCCGGAGGGGGAAAGUAGUCCUUUGAAGACAGACAACAGCCAGAGGAUCGAUUCACCAGCUAAGAAAGAUACGGAUCGAAGACGGACUACCCCUUCAAAAUCUGACGUUCUCUCUCGAUCACCUGCGUCACCAGCAUCACCAGCCCUCAGGUCAAAAGGAGAUGUCAUGAAAUCAGAAGAGAGGCAGAAGCUUGCAAAAGAGCGGCGUGAGGAGAAGGCUAAAUAUCUCGAAGAGCUCAGCAAGUUGCAAGCUGCCAAAAAGAACCAAUGGCUGGAGAAGGAGGAGAAGGCGCGGCAGCUGAGGGAGCAGCAGCUGGAGGAACGGCGCAGGAAGCUCGAGGAGCAGCGGACCAAGGCAGAAAAGCGGCGAGCAGCCUUGGAGGAGAGACAAAAACAGAAACUGGAGAAGAAUAAAGAACGGUAUGAGGCAGCCAUCAACAGGUCGACAAAGAAGACGUGGGCAGAAAUCCGACAGCAGAGAUGGUCAUGGGCUGGUGCGCUAAGCCAGAACUCAAGCCAGAAAGAAGGCAGAUGCUCUGUUUCAACGGUCAACCUGCCCAAACACGUGGACUCUGUAAUAAACAAGCGACUCUCCAAGUCCUCUGCCACGCUCUGGAACUCCCCCAGCAGAACUCGCAGUCUUGCACUGAGCCCAUGGGAGAGCAGUAUAGUCGACCGGCUGAUGACACCAACUCUGUCUUUCCUCGCCCGGAGCCGCAGUGCUGCUAGUGUCCUCAGCAACGGAAAAGAUGGUCACUCUCCCCUCUGCCCUCGUUCAGCCUCAGCAAGUCCGCUCACCCUGUGUGCCCACCAGCCGCACCGCCGCUGCUCUGACCGCUGGAGGGUGACGUCCAGCUCACCGGACAUCACCCAGCGCCAACGCAGGCGGAGCUCCACACCUAUGGAUAAAAACAAGAAGGAAAGAGACAAAGAAAGGGAGAAUGAAAUGGAAAAAAGUGCCAUCACUAAAGAAAAAGUGCUGAAGAAGCAGUCUCUACCCAGCAUGAGACAUAGACCUGAUCCAAGUCCUAGUCCUUUAUCAAGGCAACGACCAGCAUCCCCUGCCACACCUAAGGGCAGAACUGCCUCUCCCAGCCCCGCUGCCUCCCCCAAGCCUUCGUCAACACGUGGGAGCCCGUCAACCCCAAAGGCCCGGCCCAAAAGAGCAAGGACUCCUGCAAGGAUAGACCACCGGACGUCUUCCCCUGCCCCUCUUGAGAGAGUGAAGGAGCCCCGUAGGCCAGCCACCCCAGAAGAGAGAAGAGGUUACCCCGUGGCUCCUGCCAUUGUAGUAUCUUCAGCUACUGCCAAUGCAUCAAGCACGCCCGUCACCACUAGUGCCAUUUCCUCCUCACCUGAGCCCAGCCCAUUCCGCGCCCUCCGCCGUGCAGUGUCACCUGCACCGUCUCCAUCUGCCAAACCCAUGGCAGGCACCAAUGACCCAGAGGAGGCGGCUCGUAUUCUGGCGGAGAAACGGCGGCAGGCCCGAGAACAGAGGGAGAGGGAAGAGCAUGAACGCCGAGAACAGGAGGAGAAGGAGAGAAUACUGAGAGAGGAACGCUUAGCAAGGGAGGCAGAGGAGAGACAACGCAGGGAGGAGGAGGCACGAGCCAUGGCUGAAGAGCAGAGGAAGAGGGAAGCAAAGAGGCUGCAGGACGAGAAGGAGGCCCAGGAGAGAGCCAAAGCUGAGCAGGAGGAGAACCUACGCCUGCAGAAGCAGAAAGAGAGGGCUGAGGCCAGAGCUCGGGAGGAGGCGGAGAAGCAGCGUCUGGAGAGGGAGAAACACUUCCAGAAGGAGGAGCAGGAGAGGCUGGAGAGGAAAAAGCGACUGGAGGAGAUCAUGAAGAGGACACGGAAGACAGAUGGAAGUGACAAGAAAGAGACAAAGUCCUCCCCACUCACACAUGCCAAUGACAAACAGGCAGAGAGCAGCAAAGCAUCUGCUGACUAUCAGCCAAAGCCUGAGGUCAGCACUCCCAACAACAGGACAGAAAAUGGACAGGGCAAUGUCAAGGAAAGCCUCUCAGUCCAAGUAGUUAAUGGGGUCCAGGCUACGAAGCAUGAAAACGGUCUUUCCACUAAAGAUGAUGCCGUCCUCUUGGAAGACAUCAUCCAUCUCACAAAUCAUGGCAACUCUACUAACGGAGCCCUGGACAAGUCUGAGACCAGCGUGACUACAGAGCCCAUCCUGUCUUUUGAAAGUGAGGAGUCAUUCAUGAAAAAGGCCGGCCCCAUGAAGCCUCAGCAUGUUGCAGAGGUCUGUGACAUAUUCCAGUGCUGAAGUCCUUGUUGCCUAAGGCUACUGACCUUUCCUAGCCCUGCCAAAGCUCGCAUGGCGAGCCCUGUGACCCACAGCAGCAACCUUCAUCUGAGCUCCGAAAAAGCAAGCGUACCUCCCCCUGAAGAUAAAGUGGGUCACAGAAGAUGACGACAAAGCAACUGACAGCACAGUUGUGUCAGUGUUGUCGUUUGUCAAGCUCUUUGCAGCACAGAUUCCAUGCACCUUGUUACUCAACAGUAUCACCCUUUGUACAUUAUAGUACAACUGAGUAAUUAUCACAGUAUACUGAAAAAAGAAGUAUUCUUUGGUCUUUAGUUAUUUAACUAAAAGAAAAAUAAAAAGACUGGGUACAAUUUUGUGUAUAAUGUAAAUUAACUUUCGGAGAACAGAAGGACGGAUCAGUGGAUUAAAGGUGUAUGAAAGGGAGUCAUUUUAUGCUACUCUAUCAUGAGUAGAUAUAAAUAAAACCCAGGUAUUGUACAUCCGGGUUUGUACAAAGCUAUCUGUACCAGUUUUGUAAAGUUAAACUGAGAAUCAGAAGAUUUGAAAUGUAUGUCACAAAGAAGGCUUCUAUUUUGUGUAUAACAUGCUGUCGUUCACACCCAAACCUCAGCCAUGAUGAUGUACGCAUAACUGGAUGUAAUAAUAAAUGUGCAACCUUACAAUAAGAAACAGUAAGUCAUUAAGGUCAAAUGUCUGUAGCAGAGGUUCACUCACUAUUUAACAGUUGAAUCAAUUUUGCCCC